AUGGCGCGCGGGCUGCGAGUGACGUCAUUCGUUCCGUGGCCGAGGGUGUCCGUGGAGCCGCGCUGCUGCCCCUGCCGAAUCUCGCCCGCUGUGGGGGCCGACGGGGUGGAACCGCCCAGGGAAGUCUUCGAGCAGGAGAUCUUUGUGCUGUUGCCCACCAUAAGAUGUGAAGCCACACUACCUGAUAUGCCAUAGCCAGUUAUCUAAGAACUGAUCUUUGAGAAGAAACAGCUGAGUAGAGAGGACUUUCAAAACCAGCUGUACUGACAGUGCGGGGGUAUGAAACGACAGCACCGGAGAUGCUGGGGGGUUUGGUAAUGAGACGAUGACCUGGUGAAUUCAGAGGCUGUGAAGCAAACACUUGGAUUGUACACAGAAACACAAGAGGAAUCUCAAGACGAGGAGGGUGGGGAACCAGAAGGACCUGUUUUGUUAUUUGGAUGACUGCAUAAACCGCCAAGUUGAGUACAUUUGGGCAUCCCCCCCCUCCCCGCACGGCUGAACCAGUGAUGGCCGUAGACAUGAGGCCGCUGCCAAAGGAGCCGGAAUCGGAGAAGAAGAAGCAUAAAGGCCACAAGGGGGGGAAGAGACACAAGGACAGCGACAAGCCCAACAUCUCGUACCCGACGAACUUUGAGCACACCAUCCAUGUUGGCUUUGAUGCUUGCACCGGCGAGUUUACGCCUACUGGGGACCAUAGCAGUUGCCAGGUGCACCUCUUAUUCGUUUGCUUGUGUCCCUGCCUGCCCCGUUCUGUUGUUUAAGGGCCGUUUCUUGAGUUUAGGCCCCAGUUUCCUUAGCAAAACAAGCAGGGCUUAUCGCAUUUUUAAUGAGUUUAUUUGUUGGAAGAAGCUCUUGUUUGGUUGUAACUUUUUUUUUUAUUGAUUGUUUAGGAUGUUUGUUAUUUUCGAACUCUACUUUGAGGAUUUUGUUUACGCAUCUUUUUGUCAUUGAGAUGAAGCCCUGUUUGUUUAUGCCAUAAACAUUUGUUUACUGUUCACUUACAGCUUUAAAACAAU